UCGCGCCUGCCAACCAAUGAAAAGUGAAGAAGAAGGGUUGGUUUGGCCAAUAAGAAGCCUCCCACAGCGUCGCUAGGAUACCUGGAUGAAGAUAUUGAGAAGUGAAAGGAGGGUGUGACUCCAUGUUUACAUGGGUUUUCUGACACCUGGCCAAUCAGGACAGCCCACGAUGUGGUAGCCUGACUUCUGAUUGGCCAGGGGGUCCGGAAGCCUGGAGCUGGUUGGCGGGGUGUGUAAAAUUGACAUCCGGAAGCGGAAGUGGUGCGGGAACUGUAGGUACAGAGGAUGUACAGUGCAGAGUGACAGAGGAGAGAAGCAGGAAGAGGACUGUGUCAUCCCGGACCAAACUGCCCAGCCGGCAUGGAGAGAGAGCGGCGCGGUGUGAGCGGAGUCCUGUCCUCUCUCUCCCUCCUCUGUGUCAUCCUGGACCUACAGCUGGAUGCAGGAGCGCUGGCGACCAGCCAGGCUGAAAUCGAGAGCCACCUGGAGAUGGGCCGCAAGCUCCUGGCUGCUGGACAACUGGCCGAAGCGCUGUCUCAUUAUCACUCCGCUGUGGAUGGAGACCCCAAAAAUUACCUGACGUAUUAUAAACGGGCCACCGUCUACCUGGCGAUGGGAAAAUUCAAAUCUGCUCUUCCAGAUCUCAGCAAAGCCAUCGAGCUGAAGCCGGACUUCCUGGCCGCCAGACUCCAGAGAGGAAACAUCCUUCUGAAGCAAGGGGACACGCAGGACGCCGAGGAGGAUUUCCGGGCUGUGUUGCUCAGCAGCCCAACCAAUGAGGAGGCCAAGAAACAGCUGGAUCGAGUGAGAGAAGUGGAGGAGAGGCACGAGGAGGCGUGGGCAGCGUACGACAGAGAGGAUUAUGGGGAAGCGAUCAGCUUGCUAGAGAAAGUGAUUGAGUUCUGCCCUUGGGACCCGAGUGUCCGGGAGCUGAGGUCCGAGUGUUACCUCCGAAUCGGAGAGCUAAGUAAGGCCAUCCAGGACCUCAAACCAACAACCAAACUCCGAAACGACAACAGAGCCGCCUUCUUGAAACUGAGCCGCCUCUACUACACAAUGGGAGAGCAUGAGGAGAGCCUGAGCCAAGUACGAGAGUGUCUGAAGCUGGAUCAGGACGACAAAGAUUGCUUCUCACAUUAUAAACAAGUCAAGAAGCUCUCCAGACAGCUGGAAUCAGCCGAAGAACUAAUCCGAGACCACAGGUACGAAUCUGCUAUAGAAAAAUUUGAAGCGGCCAUAAAAACAGAACCCAAUGUGGAAAUUUACAGGAAAGAGGCAAAGGAGCGGAUCUGUCACUGCUUGUCAAAGAGUCAGCACACAGAGGCAGCCAUUAAGACAUGUACAGAAUCCCAUCAGAGAGACCCCCACAAUCCUCAGGUGCUGAAGGACAGAGCCGAAGCCUAUAUCCUGAAUGAGGAGUAUGAGAAAGCGGUGGAGGAUUUCCAGCAAGCCAAAGAACUGGACGGAGAGAACGAGGAAAUAAAGGAAGGUCUGGAGAGGUCUCAGAAACUUCUCAAACAGUCCCGGAAGCGGGAUUACUACAAGAUCCUGGGUGUGAAAAGAAACGCCAACAAGCAGGAAGUGAUCAAAGCAUACAGGAAGUUGGCACAGCAGUGGCAUCCGGACAACUUUCAGUCAGAGGAGGAAAAAAGAGAAGCUGAGAAGAAAUUCAUCGAUAUUGCAGCUGCCAAAGAAGUGUUAACGGACCCAGAAAUGCGUCAGAAGGUGGACGCUGGAGAAGACCCUCUGGACCCCGAGAACCAGCAAGGCUCCGGACACCACCAGCAGUGGCCUUUUGAGUUUAACCCUUUCAGCUCAGGCAAUUUCCACUUUAAAUUUAACUAUAACUGAUCCCCCUUGGUCCUUCACCUGGUCCUGGUGGCUGACCGGUAGACAGGAAUGCACUCCAUGCUGGCCCACUCUCCAGGUCGCCUUCAGAAGAACUCUUUUAAAAAAACAUAUCCGUUUACAGUGGGGGUGAACCCCAAAAAAAGACUGCUGCAUGCCCAGUGUGUGACCAGCUCCUGAAGAUGUCUCCUCCUGGUUGUUUUCCAGCAGGAAUCUACUUGUGACCAUUGAGGACAAAGGGCAUGGACUCCUCGCCUCUCCUGGACUUCUGUGGAACUGGUUCCAAGAGAGCCGUGAAAUGCCGUACUGUAAAGGGUGCCUGGAUCGCCCUUUUCACACAAUAAAAACCUUUUCCAGCGCUGAAAAGAGUUUGGUCAAAUAGAACACAAAAGUUGGGAAAGAAAAAAAUAAAAUAAACUUUGGAAGUUGUAGGGGGUGGGAGAAGAUAUAUUAUUAAAUAAUAAAUCCUUUUAAAUGA